GCCAUUCAAUCCAGGUUCAACGACAAAAGUCUCUAUCUUUUUACAGAUUUUAAAAACCGCCAAAAUGGGUCGAGAUCUUCAGAAACGCAAGAACAGGUCAUCGAGACCGACAAUUAGACAGCCAAACAAGCUCAAGAAGUCUCUCAACCCCCUGGGCAACAGCCUGAUCGCAAAAAACUGGAACAAGAAAGAAACCCUCUCGCAAAAUUACCGCCGCCUCGGUCUCACAGCAAAACUCGGCAAGGCCACCGGUGGCGUUGACCCCGCGACAAAAGUAUCAGCGCCCAACGGCGGCGCCCAGGACCCCCUCGCCGUGACGCCGAACAGCGGCACGGGGGCUGCGUUCCGGAGCGUCAAGGUCGAGCGCGACGCAGACGGCAAGAUCGUGCGGGUCCUGCGCAAGGACAACCCGCUCAACGACCCCCUGAACGAGAUCGAGUCCGACGGCGACGACGAGGGAAACACCAACGAGGAGGAAGAGAGCGCAGGGACCGAGAAGAAAUCUGUGGACGGCGAGACAAAGGUGGUGGACCUGCUCGAGGCCGAGGCGAGCCGGCCCACUGAGGCGCACAAGCGGCACCAGUCGCAGCAGGAGCGGGAGUGGCUCGCCAGGCUGGUUGCGCGGCACGGGGACGACACGGCGGCCAUGGCGAGGGACCUCAGGCUGAAUCCCAUGCAGCAGACCGCGGCCAACAUCAACAAGAGGCUGAAGAUCUACAAGGCCAAUCAGCAGAAUUGAGAGGAUGGACAUCCCGGGCGUUUCUCUCUGUUAUAGGGAGUAAGGGUAAUUCUUGCUUCGCCUCUGGAACGUCAGCCCGUGAGCGGAUCGACAGGGGACUGAAAGAUUCGGACGCUACGUCCGCUACAAUCCGCACCAUGUCUCAAGCCGGUGUGGUAGCUGAGAGAUCAUGAACCUUGUGGGCCGAGAAUCCUGGGUUAUCAAGUUGGGCUCCACCACCUGCUAUGUGCUGAAGGAGAACUCAAAAGCUGCUCGUUCGGGAACAGAAUCGAACGAGGCUGUUUUUCAGAGGAAUUUGUCACGCGGCCCGGCAGCCGGCUGAGAUAGACACAUCGCCUCGCGAGGGUGAGCUGGCGUAUGCUACGCCAUGUAUGGCCCAGUCAACGGAGCGAAUCGUGUAUCACAAAAUCAGUCCUGGCGUUUGGCGUAUGCAACAAAGGUGCGAGCUUUGGAAAUUAUGCAUUGAGAUUGGAGCAUAAAUAAAUAUCGGUCUAUUUGCAGUCAGAAAGCCACCGGUAUCUGUGAACGCUGUCUAAGUAUCGAAGUAGUGGAGAUGUGAGCUUGAGUAUUAUCCGUCACCAUUUCUGUUUCGGUCGGGCCGCAGCAACGUGGAGGGCGAGGGUGCUCGAGACCAAGCUCUAUGAUGCCAGACAUAACAUUGGUCAACAAUCUCAGCUGCACACACACACACACACACACACACACACACAGUCGUUUUGAUGUAGGCAGAUUUGUUGACGUUCUGCAAUUUGCC